AUGAGGCAGCAGGUGCGGUUUCUGUCGUCGGUGCGCCGCCCCAGCACUGAGCGGUUGCGGCUCUUGACGUACCCGAUGGCACUCGCCCAGCCGCACGCCACAGUGCCGUUGCUUCAGACGCCCACAGACAUGACGCACGACGAACGACAUCCCUCGUCGAGUUGCCACGUGAAACUGCGUGGCCUGGCAAAGGAGUACCCAUGCCCACAGGGUGGAGGCAUUGUCAACCCGCGUCGUUGGGUGCGGGGGCCGGAGGAGCUCUGCGUUGCGUCACUACGGCGCAGCAAGAAUAUGAACAAGAUAAAUACGUACGUGGCGACGUAUAAGUUCGACGACCCCCAGUGGUCACCGAUACUGCUGCCAUCAGUGGUGCUUCGCCCGCCUCGCCCCGCCGAGGCCGACGCACAUGAAACUGCCGAGGGAAAGGAGAAGACGGGGAAAGAUCCUGCAGGUGCAGUUGCUGCUCCUGCUGCUGUGUCGUCUCCACCGAGUGAUCCAACUCCGCCCUUUGCCGAUGAGGCCAGCAGCGAUUACCGCGGCCGCGUGGUGAUUGAUCACAACAAGCUGGUCACGCUGGAGUGCAUGGCGCGGCACGUCAACUUCUCGCUGCGGCACAUUGUGCAGAAGGGGCACGGUGUGUACUUGCUGCAUCACGCCCAGCACAGUGUGCUGCACCCGAAGGGCAUUGUGGAACAGUCCUUUGUGACCUGCUCCUUUGGUAUUCGCGGCGAGCGGCUGCGUACAGACAUUGUGCACGUCGGCCCUCUCGAUGCAAUGGACGUGCUCGAUGUGCAAACAGGGCCGGGUGGUCAUACGCGCUGCGUCUUCGACUUCCAGAAGCCAAACGUCGCCCGCGGCGUGGUGGCGGUGUCACAGGUGGAGGGUUACGGCACGUGGUUCCAGCGCAAGCCAAUGCUCUGGCAGCGGUCACGCCGCAUUGGCGCACUGCAGAGCCAGCUUGGUGCCUUCGCGUAUGACCUGGCCGCCCCGCAUGCGGUGGGCAAGCGCCAUGAGUGUGACGUCUUUCUGCUCGCUCCACACAUGCACUUCUUCGCUAACGGCGCCGGUGGGGCGGAGGCGGUUGGCAUCGUUGCCUCCUCGCAGGUGGCACAGCAGGAACGCCUCUACUUGGGUGAGUUUGAGGCCCCCGCGAUGACGGCGCUCGAUGCAGUGCAUCAGCUUGCGCAUGCGUCCGCCCUUCGAUGCCGACUCGUGACACCCGUGUCGAGCGACAAGAAGAGCUGCGAGGACGAGGCGGCGGAGAUGGAAACCUUGCUUCCGGUGAGUUGGGCCACACGCACACCACCGCCGUACGUUCCGCUCGAGGCCGACUUGCCGUUCAAACUGCAGAUGUCGCGACCUGCCGUUAUUGGCGGCGAGGCACAUCAGCACCAGCAGCAGAUGGCGUACCCGACAGGUGGGACAGUCGGCUCGCCGUUCGUUGGCGGCGCACCGCUGGUGCUGUUCGAGUACAACCUGCACCAGGGUGUCGAUCACUACGUCUUCGACGACGCACCGAGCGCGCGGCCAAUGAAGUGGUGGUCACAGAAGAGUAAUUUGCCUUACAGUGGCUACAUGUACUUCGUGCGCAGCGGUCGUGUUGACUCCCUCACACCAACAGAGGAGAUACCGAAUCCGCUCGAGCCCGUGGCGAAGCGGAGGCCCCUUCACAACAUUGUGCCGCCCACAAAGACAGUCCUGCGACGCAUGAACCGCUACAAGCGUACGCUGCAAGAGGGGGGAAAGAAGACAAUCCAUCCAAAGAAGAGGGCCGAGACAGCAGCGGCAGCAGCUGAAGCAGCGGAGGCGGGAACAACGGCGCAGCACGCACGUGACGCCGAUGCAAGAACGAGUGGAGACAGUGACAAUUAG